AUGUAAAUAAACAAAAACUGCCAAAGUGAGCUUGCGGAAUUUGUCCAACCCGCGGAUCCGGGAUUCAAAAUAUGAAAAUCUUCAUUAAUUUUUCAACUAAGAAUUGAAAAUAAAUCGGAUAAAGUGCUCUGGGUGCUCGGAGAAUAUUGAUUAGACAUGAAAUUGUCAUUUAUCGUCUGAUGUGUUAAAUUUUUCGGUGAUAAGAUAUCCGGUGGGGUACAAAAACAGUGUUUAAUUAAAUUAUCUAAUUAUGUAAGUUACGAACAUUUUGAUUGAGCGGAGAAUAAAACAUUGGGCAGAAUGCUUCCCCGUAUUUGCAUAAAAUUUAGAAUCAAAUAUGUGAUCUCGUUAAUGCUGACGCUUCUGGUGUUGGAGUAUUUCGGCGCGUUUACGCACAUGUUCGAGGCGGACUUCGAGCGUACAUUUAGCUACCCGAUGGAAGGGGACAUCCUCUCCAAUGUAUACCAGCUGCGGCACGGACAACGGCCAGCCGUGUUACCGAUCAAUGGGUACAACUAUUCCUUCAUUACGGACUGCCAGCACAAAUGCAAGGAGGAUGAUCGAAUGAUUGCACCCCGGCUGGUGCUUGUGGUGAAAUCCGCCAUGGAGCAUUUCGAUCGUAGGGUUGCGAUCCGAAAGUCGUGGGGCUGGGAGAAGCGAUUUUCCGAUGUGAAAAUUCGCACGGUGUUUGUGCUGGGUCGGCCGGCGGCCGCUAAUCGCCGGUUGCAGUCUUUGAUUGAUUUGGAGUACGCGAACUACAGGGACAUUGUUCAGGGUGAUUUUGUGGAUGCUUAUUUUAACAAUACGAUAAAGACCAUGAUGGGUUUUCGGUGGGCCGUUAGCCACUGUCCUCGGGCCAGGUUUUAUAUGUUCGCGGAUGAUGACUUCUACAUUUCGUCGAAAAAUUUGCUCAAGUACGUACGAAACCCGGUGAACUAUCCGGAAUAUCUGGAAGAGACGGACGAGGCUUUGAGGAAGUUGGCACGUAGACUCAGUCAAACUACCAGCAACAACAGCGCAUCAGUUGGGGAGGAGGUGGACACUCAGAAAAACGCCACCAAUGUUCGAAACAAGCGGCAAAUAUUAAACAUGGACAUGGAGCUCCCGAGGGAUGUAAAGCUCUUUUCUGGAUUUGUGUUCCGAUCCGCACCGCACCGGCAUCGUAGCAGCAAGUGGUAUGUUUCGCUAGAAGAAUAUCCGUGGGACAUGUGGCCUACCUAUGUGACCGCCGGAGCGUUCCUGCUGUCACAUGAAGCCCUUUUCGAGAUGUACUACGUGAGCAUGUACACCAAACAUUUUAGAUUCGACGACAUUUACUUGGGCAUCGUUGCCCUCAAAGCCGGAAUUGAACCGCUACACUCGGAGGAGUUCUACUUCCAUAAAGCACCAUUCCUAGGACCGCAGAGCUAUAAAUACGUGCUGGCCACUCACGGUUACGAUGAUCCGGAAGAACUAGUCAAAACCUGGAAUGAAGUGCGAGCGGCAGGCUACGCCUAGAGAAUGGCACGGACUUCAGAUGCGCCACAUACUGCGGUAGUUUCCCGAGGCCAAACGAGAAUUGAAACCUUUUCUUCCUCAGAAUAGGGCUGAAACCGUUACCCACUGAUGAUGGAACAGGUCCAAUGAAGACAAACCCACAAUUAUUUAUUGACGUAAAAGUAAGCAUUUCAUUAGCAGCCAACGAAUGUAGUUGAAGAUCAGUUGUAUUAGACAUAGGAUACAACCGUCAAACUGAGUGACUCGCAUCGUUUAAGCUAAGUCGUUCGAAAAUUGUAGAUAAAUGAUCGUUUUAGCCA